CCGGAAGAACCCGACGGGUGGUGGAGAUGGAGAUGCGGACGGAGACGGAGAUGGAGGUGGAGGAAAAGAUUUGUCGUUGUUGGAGGAUCCUCGAAUUCUACAGCGGCAUUGGCGGAAUGGUAGAGAUACUCCCUGCUUCGGGCUGGGAUUCGAGGACGCGUGGUGGAAGCGUUCGACAUAAACAACAUCGCCAACGAUGUCUACGAGCACAACUUCGGCCAUCGUCCUUUCCAGUGGACCAGUGGAGUGGAAGAUGAUGGCAUGUUGGAGGCUUUGCAUGGUCUUGUGCAAUGACAGUUGGAGCUGUACCUAUGGAGGGAAACAUUCAAAUUUUAACUCCUCUUGAUUUAGACAAGUAUGAAGCACAUGCAUGGCUCCUUUCUCCUCCAUGUCAACCAUACACUAGACAAGGUCUGCAAAAAGACUCAGCUGAUGCUCGAGCAUUGUCUUUCAUCAAGAUCCUUGAGAAUAUGUCACAUAUGAUGCAGCCUCCACUGAUGUUGUUUGUGGAGAAUGUUGUUGGGUUUGAGACUUCCAAUACCCACAAGCAUAUGAUGGAAGUGUUGGCUGGAAUUGGUUUUGUCACACAGGAAUAUAUUUUGAGCCCAUUGCAGUUUGGAGUACCAUAUUCUAGGCCUCGGUACUUUUGCUUGGCAAAGAGAAAACCUUUGUCUUUUCGAAACCCAUCCUGCAAUAACUUAAUACUACGGACACCCUCUCCCUUCAUGCCAUCAAAAAAUAACCAGUCAACAGAUGGGUCUGAUGGCAAUGAUGGAAAUCAGGAAGAAUUCAACAGUUCUUGUGAGCCUAUUAUAAACUUUUUAGAGACACAUUUUCUUACAGGAAAUCAGCAAGAAUACAUGACAUUUAGGUUUGGCACAGAGAUUGUUUCCUCCCCAGCUGAUGAUGAUGGAGGUGGGACAUACAAGAAUGCUUGGGACAUAUACUCUGUUGCACCAAGUUUGAUUGAGAGGUGGGGAAAUGCCAUGGAUGUAGUCUUCCCUGAGUCCAGGCGCUGCUGUUGUUUUACCAAGAGUUACUAUCGUUAUGUAAAGGGUACAGGCUCCUUAUUGGCUACUUCUGGGGACAUUAACUCAAGACUUGAAGCUCCCUCCUUGAUAGAGCUUGGCCUUCGGUUCUUUACACCCCGAGAGGUUGCUAAUUUGCAUUCUUUUCCAGCGGAAUUCCACUUUCCGUCACAUACAAGCCUAAGGCAACGGUACGCCUUGUUGGGGAACAGUAUGAGUGUUGCAGUCGUGGCUCCCUUGCUUCAGUACCUUUUCAGUGAAUCUACAACAUCGAAGAUACCCACAUUAUCAAAAGAUAUUUGCUGAAAAAUUUUGGAGUGGACCUUGCUAUGAAAAUUCUCAUCUCAAACGACAAAGAAUCUGCAAGUGAGCACUUGCCCUUUUGUGAUCGGAAUUUCUGCGGUUUGAGAGACAGCUGGUUUGCGGUCUCCACUAGUUUUGCACAUUUAUCGGAUUGGGCGAACUUGUUAUACUCGGUUGAGGUAGAAUUUCGAUGAUGUAUACAACACAGAUUUCAUAGUGCCUAUGAGAUUGUGGACCUAUUUUUCCUUGAUAUAUCUCUGGAUCUUACUCAUCCUCCUGCUUUCUCUAUGUCAAGAUAUUGCAGUUCGUGAUGAUCCUAGUUUAUGAUAUUGUGGAUAUAUCAAACUUGCAGACGCUAAGUCCAAAACCUUUUUAGACAAGGGUCAAUGUCUCUAUAUUUUUCUCAAUGUUGUGAUAUUAUAAUUAUAUUCAAUCUUUCACUAAUAUGAUUUCGUAUUAUCUUCUCUUGUUAGCUUUGAAAUAUAGUACAUUGGCAUAUCUUAUGUACUGGGCCAUUAUUGUCGUAUGCUUAUAAAUGCUGGAUCGAGUGUGGCAUGUG